CAGCGUUAUCGACACGCGGAUGAGUUAGAAAAGGGUGUUUUGGGGCGUCGCCCAUGUCGCGUUUUCUGGGGUCUCGUCCACAGCAAUCAUGGCGUUCGUGUCGGCUCGCAUCGGUGUGUCUUCGACGCUCAAACGAGCCAAAUUCUGUAGCCCAGCUGCCUUGUCCGGUGCCAUCUCGAACAGCCACUAUGCGACAGCCACCACCUCAAAGCCAAGCUCGGGCCAGAGAAACAUCGUCCUCGUGGAAGGCGUGCGAACACCAUUCCUUGUCUCCGGAACCAAGUACAACAACCUGAUGCCCCAUGACCUUCAGAGAGCUGCUUUCCUGAAUCUGCUGAGGAAGACUGGCAUUCCCAAAGAAUCGAUUCAGUACAUUGUUUCGGGAAGCGUAAUCGCCGAGCCCACAACGUGCAAUGUUGCCAGGGAGGCUGCGCUGUGUGCCGGAUUUUCGGACCGAACUCCAUGCCACACAGUCACCAUGGCGUGCAUCUCUUCUAACCAGGCAAUCACUUCAGUGAUGGGGCUGAUUGCGUCCGGCGCCAUCGACGUGGGCAUGGCGGGAGGAGUGGAGUUCCUCUCGGACGUUCCCAUCCGACUGAGCCGGAAACUGCGCAAGCUGCUCCUGUCGGCCAACAAGGCCAAGACUCCCCUGCAGAAGCUGGCACUCCUGGCCAAGUUCCGGCCAAGCAUGCUGGUGCCAGAGCUCCCUUCGGUUUCCGAGUUCACCACCAAGGAGGUGAUGGGUCAUUCGGGCGACCGGCUGGCCGCUGCGUUCGGCGUGAGCCGUCAAGAACAGGAUGAGUACGCCCUGCGGUCUCACACCCUGGCCGACAAGGCCUCCAAGCAGGGACUGCUGUCCGACAUCAUGCCCGUGUCAGUGCCAGGGGAGUCCGCACCCAUAGCCGCGGACAACGGGAUCAGGGUGUCGACGUUGGACCAGAUGGCUAAGCUGAAGCCCGCUUUCAUCAAGCCCCAUGGGACUGUCACUGCUGCCAACUCCUCGUUUCUGACAGAUGGUGCUUCCGCAGCAUUGAUCAUGUCUGAAGAGAAGGCACUGGCCAUGGGAUUCAAGCCCAAGGCCUACCUCCGCAGUUUCGUCUAUGUAGCUCAAGAUCCCAAAGACCAGUUGCUCCUCGGCCCAGCGUACGCAACACCAACCGUGCUAGCCAAACAGGGACUUCAAAUGUCAGACAUCGAUGUUUUUGAGUACCACGAGGCCUUUGCAGGCCAAAUCCUAGCAAACAUGAAAGCCAUGGACUCGGACUACUUUGGCAAGACGUACAUGGGAAAGCCCGGAAAGGUUGGCUGCCCACCGAUGGAGAAACUGAACCUCUGGGGAGGGUCCUUGUCGUUGGGCCACCCAUUUGGAGCCACUGGGAUCCGCCUGGUGACCACAGUGGCAAACCGCCUGAUCCAUGAGAACAAGCAGUGGGGCCUGACAGCAGCCUGUGCAGCCGGUGGACACGGUCAUGCCAUGAUUAUUGAGAGGUAUCCGAACAAAUGAGACAACAGCCUCCGAGAAGAUACGUUCCUAAGAAACUUUUCUAGCUGUCGCUGAAUAGUCUGCACUUUUUCACUUUUUUUUUUUAUGUGAAUAAACUUGUAUAUAAUACU